AUGUCCUCGAAAGGUACUGCUUGGCAACCGGCUACCCAGAAAUAUUUUGCCUUUGGUUCCAACAUGUUACCGGCUACCAUGAAGUCUCUGCGCAACAUUGAGCCGUGCAACGCGACGGCGGCGAUCUUGCCGGGCUUUCAGUUACGCUUCGACGUUCCCGGCUCGCCCUUGUUGGAACCUUCGGCUGCAUCGGUUCGCCGAACAUUCAAUCCCCACGAUGUGGUGCAUGGUGUUGUAUACGAAUUGACGGAGUCUGACUUUGACCGGGUGGGUCGGACCGAAGGGGUACCUUUUGCCUAUCAGUGGGAAACCUGUUUGGUCUAUCCCUACGUGGGAGACGGAGAGUGCGCCGGGAACAACGCUGUGGGAGUAGUCGCACCGAUAGAGGCGCAGACCCUGAUCUCUGGGAAAACGUCGUCCUCGCGAGGUACCAUACACAUACCCACAAGUCCCUCCUAUCUACGUAUUUUGCGACAGGGAGCCGCGUACUGGAGUAUGGAUCGAUCCUACCAAAUUAGCUUGAGUAAAAUCACAACGGCCAACAAUUUACUGGUACCGGAUGGCUUAUCUGGUACGCUGCUACAGAUUGCAAAGUGUGUCAACCCCAAAAAGGAAUGA